AUGGCUGGGUCCGUGGCUUCGUCUUCACCUUACGCGUCGGUUAUAGAGAAAUACCGCCCUGACCUCGGCCCUUACGAGGAUCUAUACAGACACUGCCAUGCCAAUGGAGAAUUCUCGACGCAAGAAGGCGAGACUGCCGCCCUAAUCACUGCGCAUCUCAGGAAGCUCCCGGGUGCUGGUGAUCUCGACAUUCGCACGGGCAUAGGAGGCCAUGGUCAGAUUGCCAUUCUUAAAAACGGUGAGGGCAAGACGAUUCUUUUGCGGGCCGACAUCGACGCUCUCCCCGUCCAAGAGAAGACCGGUCUACCUUAUGCGAGCACAAAGACCAUGAAGGACACGGCCGACGGCCUGGUCAAGCCGGUCAUGCAUGCUUGCGGGCACGAUUUCCAUAUUGCGUCCAUGCUCGGCGCGGUCGAAACGCUGCUCGCUUCGCGUUCACACUGGUCCGGCACCAUUGUAUUCCUUUUCCAACCCGCCGAGGAGCGUGGGUUGGGUGCACAAGCCAUGGUCGACGACGGGCUCUACGACCGGUCCAAACAUGCCUGCCCCAUACCGGAUUUGGUCCUGGGUCAGCAUGUCGCGCCGCUGCGAGCGGGCUCGACGGGCACCCGUGUGGGCAGCGUCAUGAGUGCGGCGGACAGUUUCAAAAUCACCAUCUUUGGGAGCGGCGGGCACGGGAGUAUGCCCCACGUGACGAUCGACCCCGUGGUGAUUGCCAGUCACGUCGUCGUCAGGCUCCAGACCAUCGUGUCGCGGGAGGUCCCUCCGGGCGAACUGGCCGUGGUCACCGUCGGUGCGCUGCAGGCCGGGAGCACGGAGAACGUCAUCAGCGACGAGGCGGUGCUCAAGAUCAACAUACGCACCGUGACCGCCGAGUGGAGAGAACGGAUCCUCGCGAGCGUCAAGAGAAUCGUCGAGGCCGAGUGCGUCGCCGGACGGUGUCCGAAGCCCCCGACCGUCGAACCCACCAGUCGUUUCCCGCUCACGGUCAACGAUGAAGGCGUCACGAAAACCGUGAACGAAGCACUGACCGGCUACUUUGGGGACAGACACGAACCCAACGAGAAGAGCGUCAUGGGAAGCGAGGAUGUAGGGAUCCUGGCCAGCAGUGUCGAUCGACCAUGCUGCUUUUGGUUUUUUGGAGGACACGAUGCGAAACAUUUUGAUGACAUGGUCAAGCAAGGGCGAGAACAUGAGCUGCCCGUGAACCACAGUCCCUUUUUCGCGCCCGUCAUCCAGCCAACAUUGAGGACGGGUGUGGACGCCAUGGUUGUCGUGGCGUUGAGUUUCGUCGGGAAGUAGUAAAUCGAGAGACGAGAAACGAUGGGAUGACGGUACAGGGCACCAUGCAAAUCAAGCCAGGGAGAGCAAUACAAGUGACGGACGAUAUUGCGAGAUCCAAAAUGGACAUUCUAUCAUCAUCACUCUGUCGUCUCUUGCGUUGGUUAGUUUAUAUCUGGGUAAAAAAUACAAGUCCCUGUCGAAGUCCCUGACUGAACGUCUCGAAUAUACCUGGCGGGUUCCAAGUUUAGGCCAAUUUCGC